AUUACAGCCGGUUGAGUUUUGAUUGCAAGUGAAAAAAGGAAAUGGGAUAGGAACUGGAGAAUGAUGCUUAAGACUUUACUACGCGCAAGCGGUCUUUGCAGCAGCCAGCGCUGGACAGCAUGCCGUUUUAUCUGCAAAAGCUCAGUUUGCUUCGAAGAGAAAUCCAGCGAAGUUGCGGAGCAGCAUGCAUUGAUGCGGCAGUUCAAUGAGAUACCAGUGGAACGUAUUCGCAACUUUAGCAUCAUAGCGCAUGUGGAUCAUGGCAAGAGCACGCUCGCUGACCGUCUACUGGAGCUCACUGGCGCCAUUUCUCGCAAUGCAGGUCAGCAUCAGGUGCUCGAUAAUCUGCAAGUGGAGCGUGAACGCGGCAUAACAGUGAAGGCACAAACAGCGUCCAUAUUCUACAAAUUCAACAAUCAACUAUAUCUGCUCAAUCUGAUUGAUACGCCUGGACAUGUGGACUUCUCUAAUGAAGUAUCACGUUCGCUGGCGGCUUGUGAUGGCGUCAUACUCCUAGUGGAUGCCUGUCAUGGCGUGCAGGCGCAAACAGUUGCCAAUUAUCAUCUAGCCACGCAGCGUCAGCUGGCGGUGGUGCCCGUGCUCAACAAGAUUGACAUAAAGCACGCGAAUCCGGAUCAGGUUACCAAGGACAUGCAGCUGCUGUUUGGCAUUAAGCCCGAUACAGUAUUGCGUGUCUCUGCCAAAUUGGGCACUGGCGUUGAGCAGGUACUGCAACGCGUAAUAGAGCGCAUUCCGUCACCGAGCGUGCAGCGCGAGUCCGCAUUUCGUGCACUCAUUUUCGACAGCUGGUUUGACAAAUAUCGGGGCGCAUUAAAUUUGAUUUAUGUGCUCAACGGACAUUUGUCAGUGGGUCAGGAUAUACAGUCACUGGCUACCAAAAAGACGUAUCCCGUCAAGAGUUUGUCUGUGCUGCGUCCUGCUGAGUGCGCCGUGGAGUGUCUACAGGCUGGCCAGGUGGGCUUGGUGGCCUGCAAUAUGCGGAACAGUAAAGAAUCCAUUAUUGGCGACACUAUACAUCUGAAGCAUGAGUCUGCGCUGGCAGCCGGCAGCUAUAAACCACAACAGCCGCUGGUCUUUGCCGGCAUCUUUCCCGUGGACCAGUCCAAGCAUGUGGCACUACGUAGCGCUAUUGACAAAAUGGUGCUCAAUGAUUCGGCGGUCACAGUCAACGUAGACUCCAGCCCAGCACUGGGCCAAGGCUGGCGUUUGGGUUUUCUAGGACUGCUACAUAUGGAGGUCUUCUGCCAACGCUUAGAGCAGGAGCAUGGUGCUGAGCCCAUUAUUACGGCGCCCUCGGUCACAUAUCGCAUUGUGCUGCGCAAUCCUAAGCUGAUAAAGCAACAUGGACGAGAUACUUUGGAAAUAUCGAAUGCAGCGCUGCUACCUGAACCCGCCAGCAUUAAAGAGUAUUUUGAGCCACUCGUGCUUGGCACCAUCAUUGCACCCACUGAGUACGUCGGACAGAUUAUAGGUCUGUGCGUGGAACGACGCGGUGUACAACAGAGCUCCGUUAAUAUUGAUGAAUCGCGUAUACUCAUGAAGUACGUGCUGCCUUUAAGCGAAAUUAUCUUGGAUUUUCACGAUCGCCUCAAAUCGCUGAGCUCCGGAUAUGCCAGCUUUAGCUACGAAGAUCAUGGCUAUCAUUCUACAAACUUGGUACGCCUGGAUAUACAUCUCAAUAGUCGACCCGUGGAGGAGCUGUGCCGCAUUGUGCACGUAUCCAAGGCCACAGGUGUGGCACGCCACAUGGUGUACAAGUUAAAGGAAUUGAUACCCAAGCAAAUGGUACAAAUUGCUAUACAGGCGUGCGUCGGCAGCAAGGUGCUGGCUCGCGAAACCAUCAAGGCCUACCGCAAGGAUGUCACUGCCAAGCUGUACGGCGGCGAUGUGACGCGGCGCAUGAAGCUGUUACGCCAGCAGGCGGAGGGCAAGAAAAAGAUGCGCAUGUUUGCCAACAUACGCGUGCCACACGAGACAUUCAUCGAUGUGCUCAAGCGCUAAUCCCAAAUGGUCGCAUUUAAUAAAACGCUGAUCCAAGCAAACUACCAGAGCGACAGCUGAAGCGUCCACUCAGGCCACGACCAAUAUCAAUUGAAACCAAUACAUGCUACUGAACCAGGACGUUGAACACAAUUACACUUACAAUUAGAGCGCGCUCUGGUGUUAAUAAUAUGAUCAACGGUUUUAGUGUUGCCAGCUCGCAGUCAGCUGCAGGUGCUGCGACAGCUGCUACUACUGCAAUAACUCUGCACUUUAACUACAACAACAACAACAGCAAGAAUAAUAAAAACAACAAUAAGAUAAAUGGCAAUGAUAAUGCUAAUAAGAUCCAUUGUAAUAGCAACACCAAUAAGAAUAACUGCCUUAAAAUUUAUUCAGGACACGAACCAAUGUCAGCAGCAACAACAACAACAGCAAUAAUAACAGCAACAGCAA